GAAGUAACAGGCGCAUCAGCCCGCGACACCAUCCAUCCGUCGGUGGCACACCACCCUUCUCUCCCUCUUCCUCUCCCUCUCCAUUAGCUCGCGCGCGCGUAGGGUUUCCUGCACCAGUCGCCCCUCGCGCCGCCGCCGAGGCCGAGCACGCCGGACCGCGGGACUGCUUCGGGGCGCCGCCGACCGCGCGCGGCUCUCCUCCCGCCUCGGGCGACGGCCCUCCGCCAGGGUAGGCUGACGCCCCUCCGCCAGGCUCGCCCGACCGCAGCAAGGCGCCGCCGCCGCCGCAUCAGUACUCCUCUAGGCCGUGAAAGGUGACUUCUAAGGUUUUCUACACUGGCACCUUCGUCUACGGCUUCCUGCUCACCGCCGGAAGCUACUCAGUACAACUUCCGUGUGAAACGAGCGAAGCGAGAAACCAAGCAUAAGCAGGAUUGCAAUGGCCACAUCAGCAUACCCUCCACCUCCUCCAUUUUACCGACUUUACAAGGAUUACGAGCAGGAUCCCUCAUCUGCACCAGAACCUCCACCGCCAAUUGAUGGAAAAUAUGAAGUAUUUGGUGUUACGCGCGAAAUAAAUGAGGUGUUGCCAAGCUUGGAGAGUCAAGGUAUCCGUCAGCUUUAUCCAAAGGGCCCCAAUAUUGAUUUCAAGAAGGAGCUAAGGACCCUCAACAGAGAGCUUCAAUUGCAUAUUUUGGAGCUGGCAGAUAUUUUAGUGGAGAGACCAUCUCAGUAUGCUCGCAGGGUAGAAGAUAUUUCAGUCAUAUUCCAGAACUUACACCAUCUGCUCAAUUCCCUACGGCCUCAUCAGGCAAGGGCCACAUUGAUUCACAUGCUUGAGAGCCAAAUUCAGCGUCGCAAGCAGGCAAUUGAAGAUAUAAAACAGAGGAGAGAGGAAGCGCAAAAGCUGCUUGGCGAAUCACUGCUUGUCUUAGACGGAAGCCAAACUAAUUAGGCUGAUGCCAAUUUGGCUGUUACAAGACAAUUAAGUGCUCUGAGUUAAAGAGAUCUAAAUAAUCCUUAGAUUCAAUAGCUUGCGGAGCAAACCAAGAGACGCGUUGAGAUAUUUCUGGUUUGUGGUAUCUGUUGGGGCCUUUUGGUAUUUUCAACUUUGAUCACUGAAUCUUGUACAUGCUUUAAUGGUCAAUGCUAACUUGCUUAACUGUGAUGUUUACGUUCUGUACUUUUUCUCAGUUGGAGAUUGUUGAAUUAAUUUGUAGUCUUA